AUGAACGUAGGCAAAGAUCAUCAAGAAAUAAGCCUAAGUAAUUUGAAUGAUUAUUAAUAAAAGGAGGAAACUAAAGAGUAAUUGGAAGAGAGACUUUUACAAAGAGAAGAAGAGCAGCAAAUUUAAACAACUGAGUAAUAUAGCUAAGAUUAAGAAAGAUUCAUUAAUGUCGCUAAAAGAUUUUUAUUUGGUCCAAAGGUAUAAACAGUAUCGCGUAUAAUUUCAUUGAAUGGAACAGUAAAUCCUCCAAAUUACUUUAAAAAUAUUGUAAAAAAUCAGAAAUACUCAAUUAUAUCAUUUGUAUUUGUUGUAUUAUUCAACGAAUUUAAAUACUUCUUUAACAUGUUCUUCCUUCUGAUUGCAAUAUCUCAAUUUAUCCCUCCACUUCAAGUUGGCUUAUAGUUUACUUAUAUUGCACCUCUUGUAUUAGUGCUUACCCUUACAAUGCUUAAGGAAGCCUAUGAUGAUUUUAAACGUUUCUAAAGAGAUAGAGAAGCUAACUCUUAGAUUUAUUAAGUUUUAAAAGUAGAUUAACCAGAAUUUCCAACAAAAAGCUGUGAUUUAAAAGUCGGAGACAUUAUUUAAGUGUAAACUAACCAAAGAAUACCUGCAGAUUUGUUGUUAUUAUACACUUCAGAUCCAUCUGGUGAUGUUUUCAUUAAAACUGAUUAGUUAGAUGGUGAAACAGAUUGGAAGCUAAGAAAACCUGUAAGGUUAGUGUAAUCUUUUGCAAAAGAGCAAGGUCCUGAAUAAAUUAUAAGGCUUAAUGCAUAAUGCUAAGCUUAAGAACCUAUUGAAAAUAUUUAUAAAUUUACAGGUGUUUUUGAGAUUAAUCAUAAUUAGCCUAACAUCCAAAAAGAAUCUCUCUCUUUAGAAAAUACUAUGUGGGCUAAUACUGUAUUGGCUUCUGGUAAAAUAUGGGCACUCGUACUAUACACUGGUAAAGAAACUAGAAUGGCUAUGAAUUCGAGAGAUGCACGCUCUAAAUUUGGAUAAUUAGAUACUGAAUUAAAUUAUCUUUCCAAAUUACUUUUCGUUUUUAUGGUUAUUUCAUCUAUAGUUUUAGUUGUUUUGUAAGGAGUUAAAUUGGAAUGGUACACAUUAAUCUUAACCUUCAGGUAUCUGCUUCUUCUGAGUAGUAUUAUACCUAUAUCUAUGAGAGUCAAUUUAGAAUUUGCCAAACUCAUUUAUUGCUACAAAAUAAAUAUUGAUCAAUAAAUGCCUGGUACUGUUGCCAGAUCAAGUUAAAUCCCUGAAGAACUUGGUAGGAUCUAAUUUAUAUUAACAGACAAAACAGGUACACUAACAUAAAAUGACAUGACCUUUAAGAAGCUUUCUUUGGAAUCUGGCAUAUUCACAUACGAAGAAACCUCUCAAUUACAAGAAAUAGUAAAAGUUCAAUGUUCCCUAUCAUAUGGACCUAUGGCUGAUAUAGAAAAAAUAGUAAAGAAAAAGAAUUUAAAUGACUUAGAAAUUAAUUCAACUAAAGAGAGAGAAAUAAAAAAUAUAAGAAGAGAAAAGGAUGUAAUAAUAAGAGACUUAAUAACUGCAUUAGCUAUUUGCCAUAAUGUUACUCCCAUUGAGGGAGAUGAUGGAUCCAAAUCAUUUUAAGCCUCCUCUCCUGAUGAAGUAGCUUUAGUGAAAAUAGCAGAAGAUAUGGGUAUCACACUCGAAAGUCGCUCACAAGAAUAAUUAGUUUUAAAAAAUGCAAAUAAUUAAAUAGAAACAUAUAAUAUUUUAGCCAAUUUCCCAUUCUCAAGUCAUAGCAAAAGAAUGGGUAUUUUAGUUAAACAUGUAGAAACUGGCAGAUAUAUUUUUUAUCUAAAAGGAGCAGACACAGUCAUAUGUGAAAAAAUACCAAAAUACUAGAAAGGAUUUUUAAAAGAUGAGUGUGAUAGCUUAGCUAGAGAAGGUUUACGUACAUUAGUAAUAACUUAGAAAUAUCUAACCGAAGAAUAAUUUAAUUCUUGGAAUGUAAAAUACUAAGAAGCUCGUACUUCUUUGGAAAAUAGAGAUGAAAAAGAAGAAUAAGUCAUUCAUCUUUUAGAAAAAGAUAUGGAAUUUUUAGGUAUUACUGGUGUUGAAGAUAAGCUCUAAGAAGAUGUGUGUAACACUCUUGAAUCAUUAAGAAAUGCAGGUAUCAAGAUAUGGAUGUUAACAGGAGAUAAGGUUGAAACUGCUACUUGCAUAGCCAUAUCAGCAGGCAUAAUGAGCAACCCUUAAAGGUAAUUCUUAAUCACAGAAUGUGAAAAUAGUUUCAACCUUUAGCAGUAGUUGUAAAGAUUUAAUAAUGAAAGCAAUUAUGUCUUAAUUAUAGAUGGUAUUUCUCUAAAAUUAGCCUUAGAAAAGCAUGAAAAUCUGUUUUUUGAAGUUUCAACUAAAGCCCCAGCUGUUGUUUGUUGCAGGUGCUCUCCUACUUAAAAAGCCUAAAUCACAGAGUGUAUAAAAAAGUACACUGGAAAAAAAACUGCAGGUGUAGGUGAUGGAGGUAAUGAUGUUGGUAUGAUUUAAAGUGCUGAUGUUGGAAUUGGUAUAGUUGGAAAAGAAGGAAUGUAAGCAGCUUUAGCAGCUGAUUUUUCAAUAGAAAAGUUCAAGUAUUUGAAUCGUUUAUUAUUAUGGCAUGGAAGAUUGAGCUAUAAGAGAAGCAGUGUUUUAUCUUAAUUCGUUAUUCAUAGAGGUUUAAUUAUAUCUGUUAUUCAGAUGAUAUUUAUUGUUUGUUUCUACUUUGUACCUAUUCCAGUUUACGAUGGUCUUUUAAUGCUUGGAUAUUCUACUAUAUUUACAAUGUUCCCUGUAUUUUCCUUAGUUUUUGAUGAAGAUAUUGAUGAGAAGACUUCUAUGGAUUAUCCUCCUCUUUACUAGACUCUGUAAAAGGGCAGAGAACUUAAUACAAAAACAUUUUUUGGCUGGAUUUGGGUCAGUAUUUACCAAGGAACAAUAAUCAUGGUUAUAUCUUUCAUGUUAUUCAAAGAUGCUUUCAUUAACAUUUAAACAAUUACUUACGCUGCUUUAAUUAUUUCUGAAAUACUUAACAUAUUAACUUCAAUUCAUAAAAUACACAUUGUCAUGAUUAUAUCAAUUGUUUGCUCAAUGGGAAUUUAUAUAUUGACAAUAUAUAUUUUAAGAAAUACAAUUAUGACUGCAGAUUUAGACUUUGGAUUUUUCUGGAGACUUUGCUGUGUAAUAGCUGCUAGUUGGUUACCUCCUUUUAUUUUUAAACUCAUCAUGAAAAAAAUUGAUCCCUCUGAUUAUGAAAAAGUUAUGUUAUAUAAAAAGACAGAUAGAAUUAAUUACAGAAUUAGAUGA